CAGAACAUAAAAGCCGCCAGCAGCGAGCCGAGAACAGACAGCGCAGCACUCAAGUCACACGUCCUGCAGCAGAGCGGCCACGAGGGGCUGGAUGGCAGGUUUCGCUCGGAUUUGUUUGCUUCUUUGGGGUCUUUAUGCCGGUACCGACGAGUGCGAAGAGACCCCGCAUCUCUGCGGUCCUCACGCCGAAUGCGCCAACACGGCACGGGGCUUCUACUGCACCUGCAAGGGGGGCUACACAUCCAGCAAUGGCAUGAGGACCUUCAGAGCCCUCCAGGCCACCUGCCUAGCUGACUGGAGAGGCGAAGAGGCGGCGCCGGACGGCAUGAGGCGGUCUCCUCACUUCAUAUCACAAAGGGGACUCCCGGAGACAAGAGCGAAGAUGGCUACGAAUACUACCCCCAUGAAGAUUUCGGGUUCAGGUGACACAUUUCUGGACUCAGAGACAUCAGGACCAGACAUGGAUAUUUCGGGGCUUAUGGAGUCGAGCAGCACGGACAGUACGAUGACGGCUACAGUGACAAGUCUUACAUCACAGCUCAUGGAAUUGCGCACUCCAGACCAACAUACAGAGAGAAGCUGCAAUGCCAGACUUCUCAGUAAGCCUGAAGACCGCAGCCAGCUGUCCCACUCCUCAUCUCCCCUGUUAUGCCUGCUCCAGAAGUGCCUGUCCUGCUCCGCCACAAAGCAUCUGGAGAAGUUGUCCCAGAAUCUCGGCGAGGUGCUCAGUUCUGCCAGUUUUUGGAUGAGCCUUCCUCCCACCGACAAAGCCCUCAUUGCCGAGUCCUUCCUGCAAGAAGUGGAGGCGACCAUCUUGAACUUAACAGACGUCUCCAGCGCUGCUCAAAACUCAAGGCUCACCUUGAACAUGAGUCACCUUGCCGCAGAGCUGAGGACAAUUCGAUGGAAUCGAAGUCAGCCCGCCGACCGGGAAGUUUUACUGAUCAACGGGAAUCAACUGGAAGUGAAAAUCGUCAGACUUGUGGAGAUGAAGGCCGAAGGUCCCCUGAAGAUCGGCUUCAUUGUUUACAACAACAUGGAGUCUCUGGUGUCGGCCAGCUUCAUCGAUGGCUCCCUCAGAGAACGUCACUCCACCUCGCUCAACUCUCAGGUGGUCACGGCUGUUCUUGGGGAAGCUAAGUCACAGCGACUGCCUGAACCCGUAGAGCUGACCCUGCGGCACCUGGCAGUAAGACACCCACCUCCAUGGCAUCAUCUACAAGGGCAGUUCAAAGAAGACAGUCAGAUGAUCUGCGUCUACUGGAAGUUCAACCAAAACAGCAGCUCCUGGUCCCAAGAUGGCUGCCGUGCCACCGUGUCCAAUGCCACCCACACCACCUGCACCUGCAAUCAUCUCACCAGUUUUGCCCUCAUCAUGGCCAUCAAGGCCCCAGAGCCAGUCUAUGACGGCGUCCUCGUGGUCCUCAACUACGUCCUCGUGACCUUCUCCCUGGCCUGCCUCCUCCUCGCCAUCCUGACCUUCCUCCUGUGCCGCUCCAUUCAGAAGGCCACCACAGUCGUCCACCUGCACCUGAGCCUCUGCCUCUUCUCGGCCCACCUUCUGUUUCUGGUCGGCGUAUCCCGAAGCGGCCACCGGGUCCUCUGCUCGGUCAUCGCGGCCCUCCUGCACUUCCUCUUCCUGGCCUGCUUCUCCUGGAUGUGCCUGGAGGGCAUCCAGCUCUUCCUGCUGGUCAGAAACCUGCGCCAGGUGAAGUAUGGCAGCCGGCAGGGUGUGCGCCGCAGGUACCUGCUGCUGCUGGGCUACGGGGCUCCGGCGGUGGUGGUGGCCGUGGCGGCCGGCGUGUUCGCCGAGGGCUACGGGAGUGACACACACUGCUGGCUGAGUCGUCAGAAAGGAUUCUUCUGGAGUUUCCUGGGCCCCGUCUGCCUUGUCAUUGCUGUCAACUGUGUCCUCUUCGUGUCCAUCCUGCGGAUUCUUCACUCGCAGUUAGGAGGCCUCAAUGCCGACGUGUCCAAAAUCAAAAGUACCAGGAUGAUGACGUUCAAGGCCGCUGCCCACCUGUUCAUCCUGGGCUGCACUUGGGCUCUGGGCCUCGUCCAGCACGUCCGUGUCUUUGAGUAUCUCUUUGUCAUCGUCAACGCCAUGCAGGGUCCUUCCAUUUUCCUCAUUCAUUGUCUGCUGAACCAACAGGUCAGAGACGAGUACAGGAGAUGCCUGCACAGGACCUCCAAAAAGAGGGACACCACUGUGACUUUGGGGUCAUCCAUCCCACUUGGCACCUUAACAGCCAACCCCACCGAGGAGACCACCGUCAUUAAAGACAACUGAAGGAAGAGCUCCAUUUGAAGAGACGAGUGGGGGAGAAGGUCCGGGGGUCUCGUCACACUGGGCCACCCACAAGUCGCCAUCCAUAAUGGACCCCCGCACACCUGUCCCCCUCUCAGCACCCCUCUGUGGUUCUCCGUCAGCCAAGGGCCCAUUGUGGAGUUCUGGGACUCUGAGCUGAAACCCACAGCUCCACACUGUACCAUGUGCUGGCAUCUGUUUCUCUGCUUAGUGCCCUCUGAUGCCCACACUGCCAGCCUCAUCCCUGCAUUGUCUUGUGCAGAUUUGAAAAUGAAGGCCUUCAUCUUCAUAUAGUGAGCUCUAAAUAACUACGCUUACUGCUUUCCAUCCGGUGGCGCCAUUGAUCACACCGUCACCCGUGUCCAGUCAUGCCAUUUCUCAAUCUCAAGACCACCGCCAGCAUCCUCAGCCCCUUUUCACAUUUCUACGUUCCUCCCUCAUUGGAUGCAGCAGCCAAUCAGAAGGCUUAGCUCCACUUACUUAGUGCCAGUGGAAGAGCCGUGUGCCAAGAGCUACCAGAGCGUGGCACAGUGUACAGAAUCGAAGGAGACCAUCUGCAAGGUCACCAUUGAAUCAAAGACCAGGGCACAGGUGGACCACCAUAAGCCAAGUCACCAAAAGAUGUGGCUGUUUGAAGGAGGGCUUCACAAAGAAAAAUGAAAUAAAUCAAUCGAAGGGGCACCCGACCAGCGUUAGCACCCAUGUGACCGCUCCAGUGGCAUUGGCACUGCGCACAGAGAGAUGACACCAGCACACCCACUUGAAUUUGUGGACUGGAGAGACAGCUGAUGGACGACCCUCUGGGGGCCUUGGCGCUGCCAAAACUACCAUUGUUUAAUGCUUGAUCCCUGGCACACCUAACAUGCCCUAUUAUGCCAAUGUGCGCCUGGCAUGUAUGUUUUCACCCUUCUGUGCUUUUUAAUCUUGAAUGUUAUUAAACUCACCAAAGUGUUCAGGUGUCUGCUCAGUU